AUGCCAACGAAUGGGAUCCACCAGGUCCUGAAGAUCCAGUUUGGGUUGAUCAACUGCGAGAGCCGGUACCUGACGGCCGAGAGUUUCGGCUACAAGGUGAACGCCUCGGCCCCCAGCCUGAAGCGUAAGCAGAUCUGGACGUUGGAGCAGGAUGAAGCCGACAGCUCCGUCGUCUUCCUCAAGAGCCACCUGGGCCGAUAUUUGGGAGCCGAUAAAGACGGGAAGGUGCGUUGCGAAGCGGAGCAGCCCGGCCGGGAUGAAGGCUUCAGCAUCAUCACCCAGUCGGACGGGCGUUGGGCGCUGCAGUCGGCCCCCCACCGGCGUUUUUUCGGGGGGCGGGAGGAUCGCCUCUCCUGCUUCGCCCCCAGCGUGACGGAGGGCGAGCUCUGGACCGUGCACUUGGCCAUGCACCCCCAGGCCAACCUGCUGAGCGUCAGCCGCCGCCGCUACGCCCACCUCAGCCCCCAGGAAGACGAAAUCGCCACCGACAGCAACCUGCCCUGGGGGGUGGACGCCCUCAUCACCCUCUGCUUCCAGGACAAGAAGUACAGCCUGCGCACGGCCGACGAGCGCUACCUGCGCUGCGAUGGCACCCUGGUGCCCCAGCCCGGCGACCGCACCGGCUACACCUUGGAGUUCAAAGCCGGCAAAUUGGCUUUUAAAGACUGCGAUGGCAAAUAUCUGGCCCCCACCGGCCCCACCGGCACCCUCAAAUCCGGCCGGAGCUCCAAACCGGGCAAAGAUGAACUCUUCGACCUAGAGGAGAGUCACCCCCAGGUGGUCUUCACGGCGGCCAACGGCAGAUACGUCUCCAUCCGGCAGGGUGUCAACGUCUCGGCAAACCAGGACGAGGAGCUGAACCACGAGACCUUCCAGCUCCAGAUCGACCGCGACACCAACAAGUGCAGCCUCCACACCAACGCCGGCAGCUACUGGACCCUGGUGGCACAUGGGGGCAUCCAGGCCGUGGCCACCGAAGUCGCUGCCAACACCAUGUUUGACAUCGAGUGGCGCGGGCGGCGGGUGGCCCUGCGCGCCAGCAACGGCCGCUACGUCUGCACCAAGAAGAACGGGCAGCUGGCGGCCGUCAGCGACGCCGUGGGUAAGUGCUGGGGGUGGGUAGGGGGGUCCCGGUGUUAGCUCCCCCCCACCCCGAUCAUCCCUGGGGGUGCUGAGGGCCGGGCUCCUGCGCAGGGG